AUCACCGUCGACUCAAUCUACUCAAUCGAAUAAAGUACAGCCUACAACUUUUAUAGCUACCACAAUGAAGCUCUCUCUUGCCUUCCUCGCUACCCUCUCCGUCGCCACGGCCGCCUCCGUCCCCGCAGCAUGCUCGGACAUUCCCAACUCGUUGGGCGACAAACCCCAAACUCUCUACACCUACUUCGACCAACAAGCAUGCCAGAAGAGCAAAUGCGACGCCACGAUCAACAACAGCAUCUCGUUCCUCCAGAAGACCGUCCUCCCGGAGCUCUUCCAGCAGCUCUCGCAGAGCCUCGGCAUCACCCGCGGUAACCAGCAACAGAUCGAGAAGAUCACCAAAGAAGUCGGCCAAGCUGUGCAGCAGAGCUGCUCGCAGCAGUACGGCAACAAGAAGGUGUGCAAUGACGACGACAGCGUUCUCCAGUUCGGUCAGUGUGCAGCCAAGGCGGCCGAGCCGGUGAUCAGCAAGCUUGGCCAGGGCGAUGACGACGGCGUGCCUUCGGAGGAGGACUGCCAGAAGUUGAAGACGGCGUUGACGGAUGAUCAAUUGUGGUCGAAGACUCUCCCGGGAUAUGUGGACCAGUUUGCGAAGCAGUGCUAGAACUAGAUUCUACAUGUACUCCGAAUACUUUUUUUCCACCUGUUUUUGUUUGAGAAUGGCACAAUGCAGGGAAUAUAGCAAGAUACAUAAGUUAGUCAGAAUGAUAAAUCCAGUCUCAGCGUGAAACUUUCCUGGCCGAGUCGCA